AAGACUGAUCAAGACAUCUUGCUGACAAACGUCAAAAAAAUUAAAAUUUAAUGUUCGUUUCAAUGGUAGUUCGGUAGUUCAAUUAAUGUUUUCUGUUUCUUUCUGUUAAUUGUUAUAUCCUAACAAUUUCUAAUUGUGUUUGGUUGAAAUUAUUUAUUCACGAACCAUAGUGAUUUUCAAAUUAACUUUCAUGUUUUCAAAUAAAAUACCAAUGUUCAUUUUCUACAACCUCGUAGUGUAAUUUUUUGAAUGUUCUUCUGUUGAUGUUAUAUGUUCUUGUUCCUAAUAAAUGAUGGAUAUGCCAUCAAGCAAUCUUGCAGCACAGCUUCAUAAAUUGUGUUCACAGUUGUCAGCUGACCCAGAUGGUGCAUAUGAACUGGCAGUAUCAUAUUUAUCAUCAACUGGAGAGAAAACCCGUACAGGACAGGAUGAGAGAAUGCUCUGUCAAAAGAUUCAUUCCAGGCUUGCUGCUAUUUCAGCAAGAGAUGCUGAUAAAUUUAAUGAAUGUUACUCUAAGCUAAAGAAUUCUUUUAUACUGAAGCAGCGUGUUUCAGUGUUGACACUAUUGUUAGCUCUGUCAGAGUUAUCACAUCCUUUGGAACCCACACAGCAGUUGUUUCCUAUACCACAUCUAGCCACUAUUAAAUCAAGUACCGGUUUGUCUGGUGCCACAUCAAGUGCAAGCAAAAGUACAAUAGGCUCAGUAAGCUGGAACACUAAUAAACAAGGGUCUAAUCAAAGCCUACAAUCAAACAGCAAUAUGGCGAUUGCUUUGCAUUCCACUGAUCGAACGAACGAGCGCAGUUGUGUACGUGACGCAGUGCUGGCGGCGACGGGCGUGCGUGCGCGUGGCGCGGGCGGCGGCUCGCGGCCCAUACAAACGCUCUACUCGCGUAUCGCACAUCUCGGCUUCCUUCACGACAGAUUAAAAGAGUUUAUCGACCCUUCUUCCGGACUCAUGCCGCAUGGUUUAAUGGGUGAAGGACUGGUAGCGGCAAUUAGAGACGAACUCACUGAAUAUUAUCGAAGUGUCGCUUUGUUGCAAUCUCAGUCAUGCGACGGCGACGGCGGCGGUGCGACGCUGCGACGCGUAUGCGUGUGGGCACAAGAACCACUGCAUCGGCUCACGUGGCUGGCGAACAUAGCACAUACCGCGCACCACAAGAAAGGCGGCGAGCUGGCGUCGUGCGUGCACCGGUUCGUGCGGCACGGCGACGAGCACGUGGCGGCGCUGGCGCGGCGGCUGCUCACCGCGCUCACCUACCCGCUGCUGCUCAUGCUCACGCGCUGGCUGCUGCACGGUGAAAUAGAUGACCCGUUCAAUGAGUUCUUUAUCGAGAGCAGAAGCGGUGUGCCUAUAGAUAGAAUGUGGCAUGAUAAGUACAGAGUAAGGGAGUGGAUGGUGCCGUCGUUCAUGUCUCGCGAGCAGGCGGCGCAGAUCCUGGCGACCGGCAAGAGCGUGGUAUUUAUGCGCGAGGCGUGCGCUGACGAGCCCGACUCCACCGACCACGCGCAUCACCUGCAGGCACUGCUCAAACCGCACACCGGUUCGGAAGCGGAAGGCGAGGGCGUGGCGUGGUGGGAGGCGGAGGGGCUUCGCGCGGGUGUGGCGGAGGCGCACGCGGCGGCGUCGCAGCGCCUGCUGGCCGCGCUCACCACGCACCACCACCUGCUCGACCACCUCGCCGCGCACCGCCGGUACCUGCUGCUCGCGCAAGGGGACUUCGUGCAUCACCUCAUGACCCUGCUGCAGGAUGAGCUUAGCAAGCCCGCGACGUCUCUGUACGUGCACAACCUAUCGUGCACGCUGGAAGCGGCCGUGCGCGCCACCAAUGCGCAGUACGAGCCGCCGCACGUGCUCGCACGCCUGCACGUCAACCUCUACCCCAACUGCGACGGCCGCGAUGACAGCGGUUGGGACGUGUUCGCGCUGCAGUACCGCGUGGACGGGCCGCUGGGCACGCUGUUCCCGGCCACGUGUGCGGCGCGGUACCGCGCGCUCUUCGCGCAGCUGUGGCGCAUCAAGCGCAUCGAGUACAGCCUGCACGAAGCCUGGCGCGAGCACACCAUCCUGCACAAGCGGCUCAAACACAUGCCCGAGGUGUGGGGUCUGCUGCGGCGCGUGUCGUGCCUGCGCGCGGAGGCGCUGCGGCUGUGCGGCGCGCUGCAGGAGGCGGGCGGCGUGGGCGCCGAGCCCGCCUGGCGCGACCUGCUCGCCGCCGCCGCGCGCCGCCACACGCUCGACAGCCUGCUGCGGCUGCACCACCACGCGCUCGACCGCCACUCCAUACACGCUAUGAUCCAUCACUCCACGCAGGAGCUGCAGUCGUACUUGGGAAACGUACUGAACGAAACGCUGGCGUUGCGCAGUUUCGAGGCGACGCUGCACGCCGGCAUCAACGCCGAACUCGACCGCCGCGACAACAUCGAACAACUCAAACAAGACAGGAUCGCACGGGGUGAAUACGCUUUCACGGCAUCCGAAGAGGUUCAAGAUAAAGAGAAGCGAAAGAACUUCCACCAAUUCUUGGCAAAUCGUAAAGCCGAUUUAAAUGUAUGGGCGCGAACAUACAGAGGUCACGUGACAACACUGAUCCUGAAACUGGCUCUGCAUGCGGAGGUGUCACUGCAGACGCUCGCGUUCCGACUCGACUACAGCGACUUCUACAAGCGCGGCGAUGCCAAGCUGCAUGAACCGCUCACCUACCAACACAAGCGGCUUAGCGAGAUCGGACUCAACUUGGCCAAGAAUAAGCUGAUAGAGCGCUCUAAAAAGAAAUGAUAAGUGAUAUCCGCGGAGCUCAAGACUCGUCCGUGCAAGUCGCGGCGUGGCCUCGUACCAGCUACAUGAACACAACUCCCGCGCAGACAAAAAUAAGUUCGUAUUAAAGUACAAUUGUAUAGUACGCUCUAAGGAUAGCACAAAGAAUAAUUAAUUUUCGUCUUUAAUUCACAAUCAACCAAAUCAUCACAGUUAUUUAAUGCUCUAUCAUUAAUUUUUCAAAUAUUAUUAAUGUUCGAGAAUAGUUUUAUUGCCACAAGACAUUUAGCAUUCCAAAUGGUUUUAACUAUUAAUUGUAUAAAGCUCUCUAUUAGUGCCAUGAGACCUACUGAUUUGAUUUUUACAUGAAUACAUUUUUUUUUAUAUUUA